CCAAUCCGAAGCCGGCUUUCUGUAGCCAAUCCAGAGCUGACUUUCACAAACACAAGGCUGUUCUGUUUGCCUGCCUGUGCCUGUUGCUUGCAGAUGGUUAGGUAUCUCUGGGGAAGAGCAAGGAAGGAAGGAAGGGUCGGUCCUGGGCACUUGCCUUUGCUUUGUGUUCGCCUCCCCUGGCCCAUGUGAUGCACUCGCUCACCCAGGAGAUCCGAUCCUUCUCCAAGACUAACCUGCGCAGGCAAUGCACCCGGGUGACCACUUUGACCGGGAGGAGGCUCAUCGAGACCUGGAAGGAUGCUCGGCUGCAGGCGGUGGAGGUGGCCGACGGCAAGGACGGCGGGGGGCCCGCCUGCGGAUACGUGCAGGACCUCAGCCUGGACCUCCAAGUCGGGCUCCUCAAGCCCUGGCUGCUUCUAGGAUCACAAGAUGCAGCUCAUGAUCUGGACACAAUGAAAAAAUACAAGGUCACCCAUGUUCUAAAUGUAGCCUAUGGAGUUGAAAAUCCCUUCCCUGAGGACUUUACAUACAAGAGCAUCCCUAUCUUGGACCUUCCUGAGACUGACAUUAUCUCCUAUUUCCCUGAAUGUUUUGAAUUUAUUGAGGAAGUUAAAUUAAAGGAUGGCGUGGUGCUUGUUCACUGCAAUGCCGGAGUUUCCCGUGCAGCAGCCAUCAUAAUUGGCUUCCUAAUGCACUCAGAAGGACUCGACUUUACUAGUGCCUUUUCUUUGGUGAAAAAUGCAAGGCCUGCUAUUUGUCCAAAUCCUGGUUUUAUGGAGCAGCUCCACAAAUAUCAACAGCUGAAUAACAACAAACGAGGGAACUUAAAUGAUUCAGACUGACGAGGAAAGAAAUAACCUUUCUGGUUGCACUGUAAUGAGAAAAUAAAGUGAACUUUUUGACUGUAAUGUUAUGGAAGAUGUCCAGAAUGACUAAUGGCAAACAUAUCCUUGCUUUUCAGUGUAUACUUUUAAAGCCACUUCACUUCACAUUAA